GAACCCAUCUGACUCAGGAAGCCAGGCCCUUUUGGGCCCUGCCGAUAAUGGUGACCUGAUAAAGAACUCGUAAAAGGAACCUUCUUUCACGCUAAGAUUCGAUGCUCUUGAAAUGAAAUAUGGCUGUGGGAGAAGCAGAGCAUCCCUUGCUACGGCCGGCGCUGCCACAGAACACGCAAGAGCAUAAUCAUCGUCUGUGUCUCCUCCGACGAACAUGUUUAGAAUCAAAGAAGAUCUGGCAAAUAGCAGGUCCUUCCAUCUUCAGCCGCCUUGUCUUGUUCUCCAUGACUGUUAUCACUCAGUCUUUCGCUGGCCACCUCGGUGAACUCGAUCUCGCCGCUAUUUCUAUUGCAUGUACCUUCUUUAUCUCAAUCAGCUUCGGUUUCUUGCUCGGCAUGGCGAGUGCGCUCGAGACCCUCUGUGGCCAAGCCUACGGGGCCAAACAAUACCGCAUGUUGGGCAUUUAUAUGCAACGUUCCUGGAUAGUUCUGUUCCUAUCGUCGAUUUUGUUACUGCCCAUGUUCAUUUUUGCGGAGCCCAUAUUGAAGCUCCUCGGGCAACCCAAUGGAGUGGCGGAGCAAACAGGUUUGGUGGCGAUUUGGCUGGUUCCAUUUCACCUGAGCUUCCCAUUUCAGUUCACAUUGCAGAGGUUCUUGCAAAGCCAGCUGAAGACAGCUGUCAUAGCAUGGGUUUCUGGGAUAGCUCUCGCAAUCCAUGCACUUAUAAGCUGGGUUCUGGUUUACAAGAUGAAAGUUGGGAUUGUCGGGACUGCGCUUACUCUCGAUUUCUCGUGGUGGGUGUCAGUUGUGGGUCUCUGGGGUUAUGUUGUUUUUGGUGGGUGUCCGAAUGCAUGGAAUGGUUUUUCUGUCGAAGCUUUUGUUGGCCUCUGGGAAUUUUUCAAACUCUCUGUGGCUUCUGGGGUUAUGCUCUCAUUGGAGAACUUCUACUACAGAUUGUUGGUUAUAAUGUCAGGAUAUAUGCACAACGCCGAAGUCGCAGUUGAUGCUCUUUCCAUCUGUGUAACUAUCUAUGGUUGGGAAUCUAUGAUACCGCUAGGAUUCUUGGCUGCAACAGGGGUGCGUGUAUCAAAUGAGCUUGGAGCAGGCAAUGCAAAAGGUGCAAAAUUUGCGGCUUUGGUAUCAGUGGUGAAUACUUUGGUGGUGGGAUCUAUAUCUUGGUUGAUAGUUAUGGUGUUUAAUGAGAAGCUUGCCUUGAUCUUCACAACAAGCUUACCUGUUCUCAGAAUGGUCAAUGAGCUAGCAAUCCUGUUGGCUUUUACAAUUCUCCUGAACUGCUUGCAGCCAGUUCUUUCAGGAGUAGCAGUUGGAUGUGGUUGGCAAGCUCUGGUGGCUUAUAUAAACAUGGGUAGUUACUACUUGGUGGGGAUACCUCUUGGUAUUCUCCUGGGCUGGUUGUUACCUUGGGAUCUUACUGGCAUGUGGACUGGAAUGUUGGGUGGAACAAUCGUUCAAACUUUGAUUUUGGUUGCCAUUACCAUGAGGUGCGAUUGGGAAAAAGAGGCGCGCAAAGCAGAGAUUCUUAUCCGGAAUGAAGCGGCUCUGGCCCAAUAAUAGCUGGAAAACAUGGUGAUUUAUAUUAUAAAUUGGGCAAAAGUUAUUCAAAUUUGUUGACAGGAAAGGGCAGAAAUCGCCAAACGGGGUAUCAUCAAUGAUUCUGGCAGUAUAUCAUCAACGGCUUUGAUUUUUCCCAAUGAAGGGACAUGGAAUAGAGUAGUAUGGACGACCUCAUUUUACUUUCCUGGAGGUUGGCACGCCAUUCAAUUUCAUCUCAUUUGCCCAAGCAAUAUGCUUAGACCGUUAGGUAGACUUGCCUUGGGGAGUGAACUUGGUUAAGUUAUUUCCAGCUCUUGUAUGUUGCGAAAAUAUUGUGUCAGUUUCAUGUAUGUUGGCACGCUGGUGUUUGGCAGGUUCUUUUGUUUAUUUCUUUUUACCUACGAAGAUAACAUUGAGAAUGGGAACCAAAUAAACGAUAUAUUUUACACUCGAAGCAUAUAUUUGUCUUCCUCAA